AUGGCGUCUACUGCGGAGUCGACAGCGACAUCUGGAGGCCCCCCGAUAGACACUUUUAGUGGUCCUGCCUUCGGCUUCCUGGCUAAUCACUACGAGUCAUCAGUCCGAGGUUUCUGUCCGGGUCGGGACGAGACGACUUCCUUCGCAGAAUUUCCGACGGCCGCUUCUGCCAUCAAUGCGAUGCGAGAGGGAUUGGAUCCCGACGUGUGGAAGAAGUGCAGACUGAAGAUUGUCAUCACCGUUUUGCGGGACAAGUUCGCAAGGCAUCCGGAGCUGGCUGAUGAGUUGGUCGCUACAGGCAAGCGGAGUCUGCUCUUCGACUGCAGUCCCGACGACUCCCAAGCUCUCGAACGCCAAGGUCUACCUCCGGACGAAGGAGCUUUCUGGGGAUGCAGUAGAGACACCGGUUCCCUCAGAGGGUGA